GCCGCCAGUUACCUUCCGAUGGCGAAAUGAUAGAGUUCUCAAGCCUGACAUCGAAGAUAAAACAAUAAACAAUGACUAUAACGUUGACGUUUGAGAUCAUACUUUCGUUCGUGCUAAUAAUAUCGUGUGAAGCAUCUUCGAAGGAUCUCUGUAAGUUCGGCGAUGGUGCAAUUGGUGAGACGUACGUUUCGAGAGAUGUACCUCCUCAGAACUGCGGGUGCGAUCCAGAAUUGUGUGUUAGGAAGUGCUGCAAGAUGGGAUACUUUCUCCGUCGCAGCAUAUGUACCAGAAACAGUAGUAGCAGCUUCAAAGCUCCCGUAUACACCAAUAAGACGAAUUUCUUGGGAGAAAUUGCCAAUGUGGAAGGUUUUUUGAUCGGUAUCAUCGACUGUCAGGUAUUUAAAUUGGAUAAGUCGAAGCCCACAGAUCAAUACUACGUACAGGAUGAUGGUCGGCUUUGGGUGCCGAGUUUUCAAACAUUUUACGAGAAUGAUAGAUACUGUAUCGACGAAUUGGAUGGGCUUACUGCUUUUGUGUGUUUCAACGAAAACCCACCGGAAAUUCCGAUUAGGCCUGAUCAAGAACUCAAUGUUUUAGGAAUGAUAAUAUCUAUGCCGUUUCUCCUGGCUACCUUUCUCGUGUAUGCUCUACUACCAGAACCAAACUUACACCGAAGAGCUUUGAUGUCAUAUGUUGCGACUUUACUGAUGGGAUACAUUUUACUUGUCAGUGUCCAGCUGUCUUCAGAAGGAAUAUCGGAUGUGUCAUGCAAUCUGUUAGGUUACUUAAUCAUAUUUUUCUUCACCGUUUCCUUCUUUUGGAUGAAUGUUAUGUGCAUCGAUAUGUGGUUGGCUUUCAGGGGUAUGAGGAGUUUUGGUGACAGGAAAGGAGCUGAAAGAAAACGCUUCAUAAUUUACUGCUGCUACGCUUGGGGCAUGCCGCUGGUUGAUAUCUUGAUAAUCUUUCUGUUGAAUACUUAUGGAGACCAAACAUCGAGUUACUAUCCAGCAAUUGGUAUUCAAAGAUGUUUUGUUGGAGAGGGACUGCCAAACUUCCUCUACUUCUACCUCCUAGCCAUGCUUAUCCUCAUCAUCAAUAUAGUACUGUUUAUUUUGACGGGAUUCAAAAUUCAUAAAGUCCAGAGAGAAACUUCCGUCCUCAAGCACUCAGACAGCAAAAGACAUGCUUAUGAAGACGAUAAACAACAAUACAAACUCUACGUGAAACUACUGUUUGCAAUGGGUGUCAACUGGAUAACAGAGAUAAUAUCUUGGGCUAUAGGAUACUUCUGGCAAGAAACACCAAAAGCUGUCUUUUACUUCACAGACUUCAUCAAUGCCACGUAUGGGGUGUUCAUUUUUUUCAUAUUCGUCUUCAAAAGAAAGAUUUGGACAUCUCUGAAGAAGAGAUAUUACAUCUGCAUUGGUAAACCUCACCUUGCGCACGCUAUGUCGACAACCAGAGGAGGGACACGCACAAGCAACUUCUCCACCACAGAAACUGGCACCAGCGUACAUACAGACUACCGGAUGAACGAAAUGAGGAACGGAAAGCCAGAGGAGAGAGCUCUGAACAGACACUGAAGCGAUUUUUUCUCAUCAUUUGUGCCAUAUAUAUGUAAUACAGUUAACAAUCAUUUUCACGAAGUUAUAGUUGAAAGUCAUACGAGUGAUCGGAUAAGUAGGGGCUAUACUGAGUGCAUAGUCUACAAUUUUUUGCAAAAUAACACUGUGGUGGAUUUCAAACCAGAUCACUGACAUAUAACGGGUUUAUGAUUGUGUGUUAUUUCAAUUUCAAAUGUCAUUAUUUUUUGUCCAAUCCAAAAUGUUUCAUUCAGAAAUGAGUGCUUUCGCUUUUCACAGAUAAGACAAUUGAACAACUCAUACUUUUGUCGAGACGGGUAGUUCCGAAAUAGUUUCGCUGCAAGUUCAUUGGAAAAUUUUCACAAAAUAGCAUUUAUCUUUGCACUUGUUUCAUUAUAAUUUCAUCGGGUCCAUAAUAAUAAUCACGCUUAUCCAGAUAUAGGGAAUGCUUGAAAACAUGAGCAAAAUUCGCAUUAUGCUACGAAGUUGAGCUUUCAUUUCAUCUCUCCCAAUCGCUGACUGAAAUCACGCAUUGUAUUCUCGUUUAUAACUGUUAUUGUAUCAUAACUAUGGUAUAAGAGUGUUGAGUGAUAACUCUAUAUGAAAUAAUAUGGAACUAUAAUAUCAGCUGAUAUGAACUUACAUUCAAUCUAUUCAGUAUAAUUAUAAAGUAUGUAUCAUAAAUUCAUAAUUAGUGACAUUUAUGAUGAUCCACAACUGAACAAAAUUUUGGUUAUGAAUACCAAAAGUGACCGUUACCGUCAUAUUUAUGAAACAAAAAUUAUAUUCGGAACAUGGUUUUCUGGAAAUCAAUAGAUAAUCGUCAACCCAGUCGCUGGCAAAUAUUGUACGUUGGCCAAGUGCCAAACUGUCAAAAUGAAUUCAAUUUUAGAAAAUAAUGAGAUUCUGGAUCUUAUUACUAUCAGCGACAUUCUACUCGUGAAACGUUGAAAUCUGCAGAAAUAUCAAAUAACCCAAAUAACAUAUAAAUGAAUACUUGUUAUUGAACUCAAUAAUAACUCGUGUAUGGUUUUUCAGGUAUCCGGUGUCAAAGCUACUGGUUAGUAUCGAUUAUCAAUCGGUUAGUUUUUGACAACGAUUACUUGAAAUGCUAUGAGUUUGUGGUUUAUUUUGGAGCACAUCAACACCAAAAAAAUAGCUAUGGGUAAACGCUCAAUAUCUGUCGGUGACUUGAUUGACGUAUUUUUGAUCUGAAUGUCACCACAUAGGUGGUUAGUUUUGAACUGCAUAAUUAAGAUUUUGGUUACUUUAAGACCAUCAUGAUCCGAGUAGGUAUUACUAAAUCAUAUUCUCCGCAGAUUGUGUCAACACUACAAAAGUACAUAUUUUCAUUUUAUUGACACAACAAACGCAAGACUCUCAUAUAGUCACCUUCAUAUAGUCUUAGGUUACCUGCAAAAGGUGAGCACUGAUUAUUUCCCUUCUAAUAACACAUAAUAUAGCAAAACACGUUAAUUAGUUUCUAUAAAAACAUAUCAAGGUUUAUGAAUGAUAAUGGGAGAUACACUUUGAACAUGACACCAAACUAUAACUUCGAUAGUGUUAACAUUAUACUUUCUUCUGUGUAUUCAACUUAUUAUAGUCUACAGUCCAUCCAUAUUCAAAUUUUGUCUCUAACUUCACACCUCAAAAAUCGAAUCAGUGGGGGUACAAUGUUUCCUUCAAUUAUAAUUGCCAUUAACUUAUUUGAAAUAUGGAUAACAAAGAAUGUUAAGUGAAAUAGCAAAGGAGCUGAAUAUGGAUAGAACGUGUAUAUACGGGUUUCAUUAAACUCAAUGCAUUUAUUUAAGAAGUUAGUUACAAAUCUAUUACAUUUUUUUUAUAAAAGUGAUACUAAUUUUAAUCAGCUGAAGUUGACGAAAUGAUUUUCGAAUGUUGUUUCACGUGAAAAAAAGCAGUAGCAUUCAAAAUAUUUAUCAUAGGCAUAUUAGACGUAGAGAAUGCUUUUUAUAUAUGGAAAGGCUAUGAAAUUUUUCAAUUCCCUUUUAUUUGUGACCUGAAUGAGCAUGUUGUACCAAAGAGUAAACUUUUUCGAAUCAA